UCCUAAAGUCUCGCGGUGCUUCCAUUCAGACAUCUUGCAUCUGAUUGACUCUGCUCUGCCUCAACAUUAUCAUUAAAAACACGCGCAUCCUCGGUCCGUACGUCGGCCAGGCUUUGUUUUCCCUUCGGUACCGGUCCGUCCUGGUCCUCGGUACCGGAUGUGAGCCGGUUGGACCGAGCCUCGCGUGUCAGUCCCGCGGACUUUGCUCAGUCUCUCACGGGGCUUCUGUCUCCCUCCACCGUAUUGUGCGUCAUCUCCAUCGCUGCCGUUUUGUUGAUUUUCUCCGGUGAGGAAACAUGGCAACUCCCGCCGCGGUCAACCCGUCCGAGAUGGCCAGUGAGUUGCCGGGGACGGUGGCGAUGCCAGGGGGCGUCGGCGCCGGGCAGGUGAGGAUGGGUGGUACUGUUCCAGGCCGGGGAGGCAAGAGGAGAUCAGGAGGAAUGGACUUUGACGACGAGGACGGGGAAGGACCUAGCAAAUUUUCAAGGUAUGAUGAUGAUCAAGUUCCUGGUGGGGAUAAGGAGAGAUAUGCCAGAGAGAAUCACAGCGAGAUUGAGCGACGCCGACGCAACAAAAUGACGCAGUACAUCACGGAGCUGUCGGACAUGGUGCCCACCUGCAGCGCUCUGGCCCGGAAGCCCGAUAAGCUGACCAUCCUGCGCAUGGCCGUGUCUCACAUGAAGUCCAUGAGGGGGACCGGGAACACGUCCACAGACGGCGCCUACAAACCCUCGUUCCUCACCGAACAGGAGCUGAAGCAUCUGAUCCUGGAGGCGGCAGAUGGCUUCCUGUUCGUGGUGGCGGCGGAGACGGGCCGUGUGAUCUACGUGUCGGACUCGGUGACACCGGUGCUGAACCACCCUCAGUCUGAGUGGUUCGGAAGCACCUUGUACGAGCAGGUCCAUCCUGACGACGUGGACAAACUGAGGGAACAGCUCAGCACCUCGGAGAACUCCAUGACAGGACGGAUCCUGGACCUGAAGACAGGGACGGUGAAGAAGGAGGGACAGCAGUCAUCCAUGAGGAUGUGCAUGGGUUCCCGACGUUCCUUCAUCUGCCGCAUGAGGUGUGGGAGCGCCCCUCUGGACCACAUCUCCCUAAACCGUCUGUCCAACAUGAGGAAGAGAUACAGGAACGGUCUGGGUCCGUCCAAAGAAGGCGAGGCCCAGUACUCAGUGGUCCACUGCACCGGAUACAUCAAAGCCUGGCCUCCUGCAGGUAUGACUAUACCAGAGGAGGACACGGAGGCGGGACAGGGUGGAAAAUACUGCCUCGUGGCCAUUGGACGACUGCAGGUGACCAGCUCUCCGGUGUCCAUGGACAUGAACGGGCUGUCAGUUCCCACCGAGUUCCUGUCGCGUCACAACUCUGACGGCGUCAUCACGUUCGUCGACCCACGCUGCAUCAAUGUCAUCGGUUACCAGCCUCAGGACCUACUGGGGAAGGACAUCCUGGAGUUCUGUCAUCCUGAAGACCAGAGUCACCUGAGAGAAAGUUUCCAACAGGUGGUGAAGUUGAAGGGCCAGGUUCUGUCCGUCAUGUACCGGUUCCGGAUGAAGAACAGAGAGUGGAUGCUGAUCCGGACCAGCAGCUUCACCUUCCAGAACCCGUACUCGGACGAGAUCGAGUACAUCAUCUGCACCAACACCAAUGUCAAGCAGCUCCAGCAGCAGCAGCAGGCGGAGCUGGAGGUUCACCAGAGGGAUGGACUCACCGCCUACGAUCUGUCCCAGGUCCCGGUGGCUAGUGUCAGCAGUGGAGUCCACGAGACCGGGAAGACCAUCGACAAGUCUGAGGCCCUGUUCAGCCAAGAGAGAGACCCGCGCUUCGCCGACAUGUACACGGGGAUAUCAGGGUCUGGAGAUAAGAAGAUGAUGGUUCCGUCGUCCACGGCUGGAGGACAGCAGCUCUACUCCCAGAGUUCACCUUUCCAACAGGGACACUCUGGAAAAAGCUUCAGUUCCUCUGUGAUCCACGUCCCUGGUGUGAACGACAUCCAGCCGUCGGGUUCGUCCAAUCAGAAUCUAGCUCAGAUCUCCAGACAGCUGAACCCGGGACAGGUGGCCUGGUCAGGGAACCGCCCCCCCUUCUCUGGACAGUCCAGUAAAGCCCAGUCCAGUCCGUUUGGGAUCGGUUCUGGACACAGCUACCAGACCGACCCGGCCUCCUACAGCCCCCUGUCGUCGCCCGCCACCUCCUCCCCCAGCGGCAACGCCUACUCCGGACUGACCAACCGCAGCACGGCCUUCGACGUGGCGGCGGAGGGCAGUCAGAGCGGCGCCCAGUUCCAGGGUCGACCCAGUGAAGUCUGGUCCCAGUGGCAGAACCAGCACCACAACCAGAACACUGGAGAACAACACACACACCAGAACCCCAGUCAGACCGAGGUGUUCCAGGACAUGCUGCCCAUGGCUGGCGACCCCACACAGGGAACGGCCAACUACAACAUCGAGGACUUCGCCGACCUGGGGAUGUUCCCGCCGUUCUCUGAGUAGCCCCGCCCCCUGACGCCGUUCAACUGGACCGUUUGUUUCAUCUCAUUUCUGUCUCAUGUUCCUCAUUCGCCGUCACUCGGCGACUGUCCGGCCGCGGCCGCUGUUCGCCGGGACGCCCUCAGUCCGCGAGGCGUCAUUCACAUACGUACCUCAUGUCUGAAUCAGCUCCGUCUGUUUGCAUCUGUCACGAAAGACGCCGUUGCUCUCUGGGAACAGAGGACGGUGGUCAGGUCACCACUUUGCACAUGCUCAGUAGGGUCAUGUCCUACAGCGGGAGGAGGAGUUGAGGUCACAUGGACCAGGACUCGACUGGACUGGAUUCAGAGUUAAAGUGACUUAUUUUUAGUUUCGUUUUCAUCAACAGAACGAAAACGCAACAGUUACGCUAUGAGGCGUUUACUGUCCAUGGUCCUGAUCCUGGUCCAGAUCCUGGUCCUGGUCUAGAUCCCAGUCCAGAUCCUGGUCCAGAUCCUGGUUUAGGACGUCGUAUUAGUGUUCAUCUCCGUGUUUUGACUCUUGUUCACCAUCGUUUUCCCUCCGUUUGUGGAGGGUUAAGACCAGGGGUGUCAAACAUGUGGCCUGUGGACCAAACCCGGCCGCCAUGGGGUCCAGUCCCUCCCAUAGGAUGAUUAAUUUAUGAAAU